AUGGAGAAACUGGCGGGCAUGAUCAGGACGGAGCAAGAGGAGUUCUUUAUCGAGCCGGUGGAAAGAGGCGCCGGGGCGAUCGAGGAGGAGGAGGGGGCAGCGGGAGGAAGGUCGCACAUCGUCUACCGCUCCUCGGCCAUAAAGAAGGCGCCCGUCGACAGCACGGCGGGAGACUCCCACUCCAGAGGUGCAGAUCUUGGUGGUCUAAUGGAUCUGGAGUCCCUCUAUCGAGGCGUGGAGCAGAGCAUCAACCACACGCGAGCGGGUCGCGCUCGCAGGCAGAGCAUGGACCGGGCCUACAACAUCGAGGUUCUGCUCGGCGUCGAUGACUCGGUGGUCCAGUUCCACAAGAAGGAGCACGUCCAGAAGUACCUGCUGACGCUCAUGAACAUCGUGAAUGAAAUCUACCACGACAAAUCUCUGGGAGCCAAAAUCAAUGUGGUGCUGGUGCGGAUUAUCAUGUUGGGCCACGGAAAGUCCACGAGUCUGAUAGAGCUGGGGAACCCUUCCCAGAGUCUGGAGAACGUGUGUCGCUGGGCCUUUCUGCAGCAGAAGCAGGACACCGGGGACGCCGAGUAUCACGACCACGCCAUCUUCCUCACGCGGCAGGAAUUUGGACCCACGGGCAUGCAGGGUUAUGCCCCAGUGACGGGCAUGUGCCAUCCGGUAAGGAGCUGCACUUUGAACCACGAGGAUGGUUUCUCUUCGGCCUUUGUGGUGGCCCAUGAGACCGGACAUGUGCUGGGCAUGGAGCACGAUGGCCAGGGGAACCGCUGUGGGGACGAGGUGCACAUGGGAAGCAUCAUGGCUCCAUUGGUUCAGGCUGCCUUCCACCGUUUCCACUGGUCCAGAUGUAGCAUGCAAGAGCUGGGACGCUACAUCCAUUCCUACGACUGUCUCCGCGACGACCCCUUCGACCACAACUGGCCGUCGCUGCCUCAACUCCCCGGUCUGCACUACUCAAUGAACGAGCAGUGCCGCUUCGACUUCGGUGUGGGCUACGCCAUGUGCACUGCGUAUCGCACCUUUGACCCAUGCAAGCAGCUGUGGUGCAGCCACCCGGACAAUCCCUUCUUCUGCAAGACCAAGAAAGGACCGCCCAUCGAUGGCACUAUGUGCGGAAAUGGGAAGCAUUGUUUUAAAGGUCACUGCAUCUGGCUGACACCUGACAUCAUGAAGCAGGAUGGAAACUGGGGCUCCUGGAGUGAAUUCGGACAGUGCUCCCGCACGUGUGGCGGUGGCGUUCAGUUUCGCACACGCGACUGUGACAAUCCAAGACCAGCCAACGGAGGCCGUACCUGCGUGGGGGCGACGUACCAGUUCCAGAUGUGCAACACCAACGAGUGCGAGGACAUCUACAGCGACACGCGAGAGGAGCAAUGCCACGCCUGGGACCCUCGCUUCGAACAGCCCAGCAACAAGCACUGGCUGCCCUACGAACACCCUGACGCCAACAAGCGAUGCCACCUGCACUGCCAGUCCAAAGAAACCCGGGACGUGGUCUUCAUGCAGCGGAUGGUCCUGGACGGCACGCGCUGCUCCUACAAGGACCCGCACAGCGUGUGCGUGCGCGGCGAGUGUGAGAAAGUGGGCUGUGACGGCGUGGUGGGCUCCUCCAAGCAGGACGACAAGUGUGGCGUUUGUGGAGGAGACAACUCCAGCUGCAAAACCUUCAAGGACACAAUCACUCGCACAGUCAAGAAGCAAGGUUUCCUGAAAGUCCUUGAAAUCCCCAGAGGAGCACGCCACUUACUGAUCCAAGAGCUGAAAGCAACCACUCACAUUUUUGCUGUGAAAAACGUGGCUUCCGGACUGUUCUUCAUAAACGGGGAGAACGAGUAUCCCGAAUCCAGAUCAGUCAUCGAGAAGGGCGUGGAGUGGGAAUAUGAAAACGACAACAACAAAGAGACGCUCCAAACCACGGGUCCUCUCACGCACGGAAUCUUGAUCAUGGUGAAAUUACUUGGAGAUGAGGAUGUGAACUUGUCUUAUAAGUACAUGAUGAACAUGGACAGUGAUUCCUUCAUCCAAAACAACAUUCUGGUGGAGGACAGUGCCUAUGAGUGGGCCCCCAAGAGAUGGUCCGACUGCUCCAAGCCCUGUGGUGGAGGGAAACGCUACCUGCGGUACGGCUGCAGGAGAAAAGUGGACAGUAAGAUGGUCCACAAGAGCUUCUGUAACAAGUCCAACAUGAAACCCAGAGGAGACACCCAAGACUGCAACCAGAAGCCCUGCCCUCCACCCAUUUGGGUGACUGAGGAAUGGCAGAACUGCAGUAAGGCGUGUGGAAAGACCGGCAUGCAAGUCCGCUUGGUCAGCUGCGUCCAGCCGUCAGACGACAACACCACCAGAACUAUCCAUAAUAAAUACUGCAACGACGACCGUCCAGAGACCCGCAGACCCUGCAACCGAGACCCCUGUCCGACCCAGUGGCGGGUCGGACCAUGGUCACAGUGCUCGGUGACCUGUGGCAACGGGACUCAGCAGAGGCAGGCCGUGUGCCACACCCGAGACAACACCAUCGGCCUGUGUCUGGACAGCAAGCCCGACACCAUCAGGAUGUGUCGGCUGGAUCCAUGCUCCAAGGGCUCAUCGGACCUCAACAAGAACGGCAACAUCCUGAUCCAGUGGCUGUCUCGCCCCAGCCCCAACUACCACAAGAGCUCCUCACGCCACCGUUGUCAUGGAGACCGCUCGGUGUUCUGUCGUAUGGAGGUGUUGACGCGCUACUGCUCCCUACCAGACUUUCAGCGUCUGUGCUGCAAGACCUGCAGCAAUGUCACAGUCACAGAGUCUCAAGCCAACUUCACAACCACCCCCGUCACUUCCACAGGACGCAGCGUCACAGGGCGUCCGCCCACCAGCCUCAGUCAUUUGUUCACUGCUACCCAGCCUUCUAAAGCUGUAAUCACUGCCACUCCAGAUGUUACCACCAACUCCUGGACCAUGACUCAUACUCCCACAAUCAUUCUUACAAGCCAUCAGUCCACCUUGAUCUCACUGGUUGCCACAGAAAUAAUCGCCAUCCACACAAAAGUAGCUACCGUAUCACCUGUUAUCCCAACCACAUCAGUUGCUACGGACUUUCCCAGAACUACUGCGAAAACUCUUCCUUUGCCUGCCCCAGGAACAGACGAGAGUUUACAUCCAAUGCCACAGAGCACUACAGGUUAUCCAACUACCACUUUCUUUCCCACAAAAUUCACUCCAACCAACAGUACGAGCAUUAACAGUACCAAAACCCCACUACAAACCAAGCCCCCAAAAUAUGUUGUACCAAAGAAAAGUACCCCAAAAGUAAGUCCACCAAAAAAAUAUCCACACAAAAAGGAGAAUGCACCAAAGUCCAAUCUCCAAAAGAGCACUACCCCAAAAAAGAGUACAGCAGCCAACCUGCCUCCUAAAAAGAUUACACCAGUCAAAACGACAACCAAAAAGACUACACCAGUCAAAAAGACACCCAAAAAAACUACACCGGUCAAAAAAACGCCCAAAAAGAUUACACCAGGCAAAAUAACUCCUAAAAAAACUACACCAGUCAAAACAACACCCAAAAAGACUACACCAGUCAAAACAACUCCCAAAAAGACUACACCAGUCAAUAUGACUCCUAAAAAGACCAUGCCAGUCAAGACAACACCCAAAAAGACUACACCAGUCAAAACAACUCUCAAAAAGACUACACCAGACAAAACAACUCCCCAAAAGACUACGCCAGGCAAAACAACGCCUAAAAAGACUACACCAGUCAAAACAACGACCAAAAAUUUGAAACCAACCAAGACAACUCCUGAAAAUAAUGGACCUGAUAACACAACGACCAAAACGCCUAUGCCAGCUCACACACCACUCAAAAAGAUAGUCAACGCCUCCCGAAAGAAGUCUCCCCCAGUUAAGAAGCCUACUGAGAAAAAAAGCAAACCCACUCCUAAAAUUAAAACUGCUUUAAAGUCAUUACCCCCAAAAAAUGCAAAAGUUUCAAAGCAAACCCAAACAAAAACAAGCCUGAAAAAGACCUCAAAAAUCGCACAAAGAGUUAGCGUAACCGUUCAGGCUAAACGUAAUGAAAGUGGAAUCCCAGUGGGACAAACGACAACAGCUUCAUAUCACAUUACAUGGGCAACUCCAAUCACAAGUGCGGAGCCCCCAUCCUCUAGUCCUUCGACCACGAGUGUAUAUAGUACUACCACAAGCCUGCCUUUACCUUACUCAACAAUCAACACCACGGAUAUCACUAAAAAGUCAGCAAGUACAGAUGAAGCUCUUUUGUGGCAAGAAGACAAUGCUCCUUUGAUAACCACAACCUCAAGCGAUCUUCCAGACGUCACCAUUCCCAGCGAAACCCCAUCAUACACAGAUGUCCCGAUGAGCAGCAGCGGGUAUGUCAUUGUCAGCCGUGAAGCUAUUCUGAGUGGCGACGGCAUCACUGUGUCUUACAACGGUGCGGAUGCGGCAAGCGACACCACGGUGCUGGAUGACGGCUUCACUGGGAUGAUACCAACCAUCCACAGCGAAGACGGGACAGAUCUGACUUCCUUGCCCUGGCUGGACCUUUCCGAGUACAUUCCUGUGACCACCACUACAACCCCCGACCCUGCUGAAAAACCUACCGCUGGGACUCCUGUGUUCUCUACGGUGAGCCCUCAGCAAGGGGUAAAGGACAACAAUGACAUUGACGCUCUGUACCACAGGAUCACCAGCGUGGACGCUGACAUUUCUCAGAACAACCUGAUCCCAAAGCGACGCGUCAACCUGCGGGAAAAGACCAGGAAUAAACGUAUUCAGGAGCUUCUGGAGGAGAAGCGGAACCUUCUCCUUAGGAUGAGGAGAGGCCAUGCAGAGCGAUAGAGCACAAUUUUUUUCAGUUCUCUUAUAGAGACGACCAUUUUUACAGACUUCUUCAAAACCCCGCGGUAUUCCCUCUAUCAGGGAUUCAGCAACAAACUGUCACUAUUGAAACAGUCAACAAAGACCUUUGUGAAGUCGUAGCUUUGGCAACACACAAGACAAUCCAGAAACUAGCACACAUAUACCUAGUUAAAGGCCUACUGAAAUUAUUUUUUUUAAUUUAAACGGGGAUAGCAGAUCCAUUCUAUGUGUCAUACUUGAUCAUUUCGCGAUAUUGCCAUAUUUUUGCUGAAAGGAUUUAGUAGAGAAAAUCGACGAUAAAGUUCGCAACUUUUGCUCGCUGAUAAAAAAAAAAACCUUGCCCCUACCGGAAGUAGCGUGACGUCACAAGCGGUAGUGCUGCUCACAAUUCCCCGUUGUUUACAUGGAGCGAGAGAUAUUCGGAGCGAGAAAGCGACGAUUACCCGAUUAAUUUGAGCGAGGAUGAAACAUUCGUGGAUGAGGAACGUUAGAGUGACGGACUAGAAUGCAGUUCAAGAGAUAUCUUUUUUUCGCUCUGACCGUAACUUAGGUACAAGCUGGCUCAUUGGAAUCCACACUCUCUCUUUUUUCUAUUGUGGAUCACGGAUUUGUAUUUUAAACCACCUCGGAUACUAUAUCCUCUUGAAAAUGAGAGUCGAGAAGGCGAAAUGGACAUUCACAGUGACUUUUAUCUCCACGACAAUACAUCGACGAAACACUUUAGCUACGGAGCUAACGUGAUAGCAUCGUGCUUAACUGCAUAUACAAACAAAAUAAAUAAAUUCCUGACUGGAAGGAUAGACAGAAGAUCAACAAUACUAUAAAACCAUGGACAUGUAAAUACACGGUUAAUGCUUUCCAGCCUGGCGAAGCUUAAAAAUGCUGUUGCUAGCGACGCCAUUGAAGCUAACUUAACUACGGAGCUAACGUGAUAGCAUCAUGCUUAACUGCAUAUAGAAACAAAAUAAAUAAAUCCCUGACUGGAAGGAUAGACAGAAGAUCAACAAUACUAUUAAACAGUGCAGUGCAGGACGUAUCUUUUUUUGCUCUCACCGUAAUUUAGAUACAAGGGUUCAUUGGAUUCCACACUCUCUCCUUUUUCUAUUGUGGAUCACGGAUUUGUAUUUUAAACCACCUCGGAUACUAUAUCCUCCUGAAAAUGAGAGUCGAGAAGGCGAAAUGGACAUUCACAGUGACUUUUAUCUCCACGACAAUACAUCGACGAAGCUCUUUAGCAUGAGCUAACGUGAUAGCAUCUGUCUCAAAUGCAGAUAGAAACAAAAUAAAUAAAUCCCUGACUGGAAGGAUAGACAGAAGAUCAACAAUACUACUAUCAGGAGACACCGAACCAAACACCGGACAUGUAAAUACACGGUAAAUGCUGUGCCGCCUGUCGAAGCCUGGCAAUGCUGUUGCUAACGACGCUAACUUAGCAACGGGAACUCGUCAGAGCUAUGAUAAAAACAUUAGCGCUCCACCUACGCCAGCCAGCCCUCAUCUGCUCAUCAACACCCGUGCUCACCUGCGUUCCAGCGAUCGACGAUGCGGUCGGCGGCCCGGAGACGUAGGAAGUCAAGGUGAGGUCGCCGGCGCUAGCUCUGCUAUCCAACAAAGUCCUCCUUGUUGUGUUGCUACAGCCAGCCGCUAAUACACCGAUCCCACCUACAACGUUCUUCUUUGCAACCUCCAUUGUUCAUUAAACAAAUUGCAAAAGAUUCACCAACACAGAUGUCCAGAAUACUGUGGAAUUUUGUCGAACAAAACAGAGUGUCCAAUAGGGUCCAAACACUUCCGUGGACCUCGCGACGUCACGCGCAUACGUCAUCCUCCAAAGGCGUUUUGAACCGGAAGUUCCCCGGUAAAUUUAAAAUGACACUUUAUAAGUUAACCGGGCCGUAUUGGCAUGUGUUGCAAUGUUAAGAUUUCAUCAUUGAUAUAUAAACUAUCAGACUGCGUGGUCGCUAGUAGUGGCUUUCAGUAGGCCUUUAAAGGAGCACUUUACAAAACCAAACUUGUUACUCCUCAAAAUCAUCCACAAUGGUGACCCAUAACUGGGCAAGGAUGUAAGACAGUACUGUUAAUACACUUAUUUUGAUACAACUACAGAGACAAAUACCUCAUGGUACCGCUAAUGUUGCUACUGUGGGACAUCAUCCUACCCCAAACCUGUGGAGAACAGUUUAAAUUGAGUUACAAACUCAAUUGAGUUAUGCUACUUAUUUUUAUGUUGCUUGUUCCAGAGUUGCAUGCUUUGGGAUUUCUCAUCCCCCAAUAAGUUGCCUGCUUUGGGGUGUUGCUAAACACAUGGUGCUUCGAACAUAAGACAAAGCUAUUGUUGGGAAAACAAAAGGCUUCAGGAGUUAGAAAAAUAUUUGUGGCAUGUUUUUAUUAGUAUUAUUUGUAUUGUGGUCAGUGAACAAAGGUGCUUUGUGGUCAGUGAUGAUUUGUAUGUACAGAGAAUAUAGAGAUAAUAUAACAUACUUAAAAAAAAGGCCUCUUUAUGGUAGAUUUGUAUGCAAAGAAGCUUUGGAUCGAUAAUUUUAAAUUGUUUAUCCAUUUCUAACUGGGAACAACCGCUGAAGCACCAACAGAUCUAGCUGUACAAUAUCUGUACAUAUCAAAAAUAACUUAAUGUUGAAUAUUUAUUAAAGUUUAAG